GAUCCGCUCCAAGUUCUUUAUACGAGUGACACAACAAUUGUGUAUGAUUCAAUCGCGUCACCGAGCUUGAUGUUUCGAUCUGAACGAAGAGAUUUCAAGUAUAAUUAUAUUAAACAUUAAAGUAAUCGUGAUUUGUUUGUAGGUGUACAUAGCAUCGUAAUCGAUCGUAUAUUAUGGUUUGACGACUUCAAGCGCACCUGCAUUCGCUUACACAACAUGGAUAUGUCAACUCCAGCUAACCUCAACCACACUGGACUUGCACAUAAUACGGACGGAUUCUUAAAUAUUCCUAUAGAAUCCGCGGCUCUAGAGGCUUUAGCAACAAAGCGGAGAAGCUCUUCGCGUACAAUAAAACGUAAGAAGUUCGACGAUGAAGUGGUGGAGACAACGUUUAACCUACAACCGCCCGCUACGAGUGCCAAAGCGGCAUCGAGAUCACGAACGAUCUCCGUGUCUGCCGGUCCCAUGGAUGUCCUGCCAACGCAAACGCUACCCACUCCGAUACCAAUUCCGACUACACUGGCACAGUCCGACAGAUGCAAUCGCAGACCUAGCCGACCUAGCGGCUCGAAUCCUGGACGGAAAAAUAAGAAGAACAAGAACCACGCUCAUUCCGUGAACGCCACGAAGGAUCUGGGACGAUGGAAACCUACUGAUGACUUGGCGUUGAUCACUGGUGUACAGCAGACAAAUGACUUGAGAAUGGUUCACCGAGGUACAAAAUUUUCUUGCCGCUUCACGUUGCAAGAGAUACAACAGAGGUGGUACGCAUUGUUGUACGAUAGUGCGGUUUCGCGCGUGGCGGUGCAAGCCAUGCGCAAUUUGCAUCCCGAAUUAAUAGCCAGUGUCCAAGCGAGAACAUUGUACAGCAAGGCUGAAGAGGAUCUGCUGGGCACUAUUAAAUCGACCUCUCAGCCAACUCUGGAAGUGUUUCAAGAAUUGCUGGAAGUGAAUGCGCACACCUUCUACCCAGCCAGGACCGCGAAAGCGUUGCACAGCCAUUGGCAGCUGAUGAAGCAGUAUCACUUAUUACCGGAUCAGACGGUGCAGAGCUUACCGCGCGGCGAACACGUAUUGAACUUCUCGGACGCGGAGGAUAUGAUCAACGAUACCGAGCUGAUGGAAGUAAAAGAUGAAUUAGUGGAUGCUGAGCUAGCGACUGCGGACAGAAAGAAUAAGAAGGAAAUUAAAGUGCUGGAAAACGAGCUUGGCAGGUGGCAAGUGCUCGUCGACAGUGUCACGGGCGUGAACCCCCCCGAUUUCGAUAAUCAAACCUUGGCCAUUUUAAGGGGAAGACUCGUCAGGUACCUCAUGAGGUCCAGAGAGAUAAGCGUAGGACGUUCCACAAAAGAUCACACAGUCGACGUGGAUCUUAGCUUAGAGGGACCAGCUUGGAAAGUUUCACGUCGACAAGGUACCAUUCGCCUGAGAAAUAAUGGAGACUUCUUCUUGUCGUCCGAAGGAAAGCGACCGAUCUUUGUGGACAGCAGGCCGAUUCUAGCUGGCAAUAAGAUGAAACUGAACAACAAUAGUGUGAUUGAGGUGGCAGGAUUGAGAUUCAUAUUUUUAAUAAAUCAAGAGCUCAUCUCUGUGAUACGACAGGAGGCUGUCAAAUUGAACUUGAAUCCUUGAAGCAUUCUCCGAAGGGCGCAAAAGACAAUAUCACAAGUAUCAUGGUUAAUAUAUUGAAUUAUUCCUACAAAUAUAAUCUACUUUUUACAUCCGAUAAGAUACAAAAAAAUACAUACGUACUUUAUGGUAUAGAAAAUCUUCACUCGUUGUAUAUUAAUACCUCUUAAGAUUAACUUAUGUACUACCACGUAACCAGGUAACAUAAUUUUUAUAAACAGUUUACCUUUUAAAGGAUAUUAAAGACUUGUCAAUCAAAUGUAACGAUUGUUUGUUUCAUUAAUAAGUAAUGUAAACGCAAAAACUCCAAGUAACUCGGGCUUGCUUCAACUUGCGAAAACGAAUUGUUCUAUUUUUAUCAUUACUGCAGUGUUGUCGUUGGAGCCACUCGUAUCCUCUACUGAUACAUUAAAUUAACGAACUCUCGUUUAAAAACAGAACAAGCAAUAAUGUACAAUACAAAACAUGUGCGUUAGAAUUUUAAUAUAAAUGUAAAUUAUACUCGUACAUAAUACAACUUGUAUCGUUGUAUCUCACGAAUAAAUGCAUCGAAACUCGCAGUUGCGCACAAU